CCACUCCUCCAUAAACCCAAAAUACUCUCCUAUUUCCCUCGCAAUCACGGAAAUCUAGCCCCUUCAACUUCCAACCACGUUCGACGUUCAUAAGCUAUAAAUAAGACUCCUCACAAAACCCUUUUCUCCGCCCAUUAAACUCCCCCUACUCCACCCAAAAUAAUGAAAUUCCCUCGCAACUCCUCUACUAUAACAUGAUCAAUAUCAUAUGAUAUGAAGUAUAUUAUUUCUCGUCCAUUAUUUUUAGUAUGUUCCGCCAAUACUAGCCCUAUAACUUGAACCCUACUAGCCGCAUCCUCUGACGCUAACAAGCCGAAGCCGAAUCGGGUUUUCUCCACCAUCUCCGUGCAUUAUCUAGCCACCGUAUUCUGAGUUGUUGAUAAUCUAAAAUGAAGAAGUGCAGUACUGGAAAGAAGGAAGGACACCAAGGUUUGUUAGAAUUGGUGUUUACGUGGCCAAUCAAAGAUGUCAUCAACCAAAAUCUCUACAUUAACAAGGUAAAUGAGAUAUCAGAGACGUUCACAUCAACUGCUGAUUACUUAAACUCAUUCAAGGUGCCACUUAUCGAAGAGACACGGGCCGAUUUCUGUUCUGGCUUGGAAUCAGUAGGUCAUGCACCAGCAUGUGAGAUAUCUGGGAUUUGGUUGUCUAAGAAUUAUAGGCCUCCUAAGAACUUGUACUACGAAAUUUCGACCAAAAAGAUAAGUAGUGAUUAUGUGAAUAAUCAUGGCCUGCAUUAUGAGCCAGAGUCUGGGGAUAUUUUUGCUUUAACAAACCUGAGGCCUAGAAGUAUUGCAGAUCUAAUCAAACCAGAUAAACCACUUCAUUUUGCAUAUGUCUCGAGGUCGUCAGAGGAAAAUGAAGUUAAGAUGGAGAUAUUGUCAUCAGAGAAAAUUGAUCGCGAACUAAUAAAGGCGAAAAAUGGUAGAAUUUUCAUUACAUACUUGAUGAACAUUACAACCAAUAUGAGAAUAUGGAAGGCAUUGAAUCCUGAUCCUAAAAGCAAAAAUCUGGGUUUGAUUCAGAAGGUGUUACAAUACAACUCUUUGGUGGAUGAUGAAUGUGCCGAUUGCAACUCCGAAGAAAGCUGCAAUGUUAUGAGAUCAUCAGACAUGUUUAACUGUAUUGGCUCAUUUGGGUUAGAUGAGUCACAGAAAGAAGCUAUUUUGAGCAGUAUUUCCUUAAGGAAAUGCCUACACCAGGAGUACAAAGUGAAGCUUAUUUGGGGACCACCAGGGACAGGGAAGACCAAGACAGUUGCUUCAUUGCUCUUUGUAAUACUUAAGCAGAGGUGUUGCAGGACACUAACUUGUGCUCCCACAAAUGUAGCAGUGAUCCAGGUUGCAAAAAGACUCGUAACGCUGUUCUUAGAGUCCCUCACCUAUCACACUUAUGGAUUGGGAGACAUCGUCCUGUUUGGAAAUGAAAAAAGAAUGAAGAUUGAUGAUCACUAUGAGCUCGUAGACGUAUUUCUUAAAUAUAGGGUGGAAAUUCUUGAGGAAUGUCUUAAACCGUUAACAGGUUGGAGAGCUAGUCUUGAUUCGAUGAUGUAUCUACUUUCUGACCCCCAAGCGCGGUAUAAUGCUUACAUAGCAGGGGACAAAGAGACUAAGAUUGACAAGAAAGCUGAAAAUGGUGCUAAUGUUGUAGCCACCAAUGUAGUAAAAGUGGACAAAGAAAGAACAACUACUACAAAGAAAUGGAAGGAAAUCAUAAAUAAGUCCAUGAGUGAAAACAAGAAGGAAAACAGGAAGAAAGGAAAAGGAAAAGAACAAGCAGAUGGCAAGACAGGUGAUAAUGAAGGUGAUAAUGAAGGAACGAAGAUGGAAGUUAUGACAUUUGAGGACUUUCAGAGGAACAAAUUCUGCUCCGUAGCUGAUCGUUUAGUAUUUUGUGCUGAGAAUCUCUAUACUCAUUUACCAACUUCAUGCUUACCACUAGAUGUGGCCAAGCAGAUGAUUAGACUUGUUGUUCUACUUAGUGAGACCUUAGAAAGUGCAAGAAAAAAAGUCUGUCAGUUUUCUAAAUUACUUACAAAGAAGAGGAAAGAAAUCUUACCUAUAUUGGAAUUUCUUCAUCUUCGAUAUCCUAUACCCAAGAUUACUGGGAAUAUAAAGGAUUUUUGCUUGGAUAAUGCACACUUAAUAUUCUGUACUGCUUCAGGCUCCAUUAAAAUGAAAUCAUGCGUCGAAAUGGUGGUUAUUGAUGAAGCUGCACAGCUCAAGGAAUGCGAGUCAGCAAUUUCCUUACAGAUUCCUGGUGUGAAAACUGCUAUUCUCAUAGGUGAUGAUCGACAACUUCCGGCCAUGGUUCAAAGCGAGGUUUUGAAGAAGAAGAUUAACUUUGGAAGGAGUUUGUUCGAACGGAUGGUAAGAUUAGGGAAAAAGAAGCACCUUCUCAACAUUCAGUAUAGGAUGCAUCCUUCCAUAAGCUCAUUUCCGAAUAGACAAUUUUAUGAGAACAAGAUUGUAGAUGCACCAAAUGUCAAGGAAAUAAGCUAUGUUAAGAAUUUUCUUGACAAGGGCAUGUAUGGUACCUAUUCUUUCAUUAAUGUGUCGGGUGGAAAGGAGGACUUCAAGAAAGGGCACAGCCCAAGAAAUCUAGAGGAGGCGGAUGUUGUUGAUCGGAUUAUUGCAAAGCUCUUCAAAGAUUUUUAUUGUAUCACGAAACAGAAAGUUAGUGUGGGAGUAAUAUCACCCUACAAGGGUCAAGUAGGUUUACUCCAGGAAAAACUUGAGAAGAAAUACACCAAACAUAAGGAAAACUUUUGCAUCAACAUUCGUUCAGUUGAUGGCUUCCAAGGUGGUGAGGAGGAUAUCAUAAUAAUCUCAACUGUUAGAUGCAAUGGGAAUGGAUCUGUUGGGUUCCUUUCGAAUUGUCAGAGAACAAAUGUAGCUCUAACCAGGGCAAGGUAUUGUUUAUGGAUAGUUGGCAGUGGGAGUACUUUAGGGAACAGUACAUCUGUCUGGAACAGCCUUGUAUUCGAUGCCAAAACUCGAGGGUGUUUCUAUGAUGUAAAAGAUGAUAUAGACCUUAUUAAAGCAACACCAGCUGGUAAAACUGAUUUUUUCGGGUACCUAAAACUCGAGAAAGCAAGAUGGAAGGUUGUGUUUAGCAAUGACUUCAAGAUCUCUAUAUUAAGCAUAAAGAGCGUUGCGACUCAGAAGCGAGUUAAAGAACUGUUGCACAAGAUUGCUGAUGGGUGGCGUCAGUCUGACUCUGAGAAACUGGUGCAUGCUGUCACUGGUUAUGGUGCAGCUUAUGAAUUAUUGGAGCAGUACAAGGUUGCUGAUCAGCUAAAUCUUGCCUGGACAGUCGACAUCGUUAAGGAUAAUUCACAUUACACACAAGUUAUCAAGAUUUGGGACGUUUUACCAGGUUUUAGGAUUCCCAAUCUUGCUAAGAAUCUUAGUAUUCUGUUUGAAAAAUAUACAGUGGACUUCAUGAACAGUUGCAAGUACAAAUCUUUUGAAGGGAACUUGGUUGUACCGAUGUCAUGGCCACUUCAUUCGUUUCAUAACAGCCAUCUUACAGCUGAUCCUGCAGAUAGUAGUUUGUUAUAUCAAUUAUCUACUAUGAAUUUAGGAAACAAAAACAAUCAAGGAGAAACAAGACCAAGUGUUAGAAAGAAUAUCCCUGUGGUAUGGAAACAAGUACAAAGGUAAAAUGGUGGUAAAAGUUCGGGAUGAGCUUAAUGGCUUGGACAUGCUAGUGGGUUGGUGACCUCCAAGGCGAGCAACAAACCGUCUUUAGGAUUUAGGGCAAGCAAGGUAUACUUUCAGAUACGUAUGUAGUCUAACAUGCAAAUACAUAGAAUGUAAUGAACAAGAGAACAUGUGAGAACUAGGAGUGAACAACAGGUGAUAGCCUAGUGGUGUUGGCAUCACCUCCGAUCCUGGGAUCGAGUUUCACCCUCCUUGCAAGGGACUUUUACCUUAAAAAAAUGUGAGAACUAGAAGUAAGUAUAUAUUGGCAUUUCUGAAUGAUAUAACAAGAUCGUUUGGUUGUCCACAUGGUUGCGAGAUGAUGUUAAUAUCUUCUUGAUUAUAGUUGUUUCGGAGAAGGCUAAGAACUC